CGCUCUGUUUGUCAUGUGGCUCAGUCCGUUUCUUCCCGUUUCGAUCCGGUUGCUGCAUUGAUUGUUGGCUUUAAUAGACUGUGUACAGUGCUCCUAUGGUAUCAAAUACUGAAGAUUCUGUAGUCAUACAAGAGCAGCCACUCAAUCCACACAACGGUCAUCCUUCAUUGCAGCCUUUUACUGGAGUGGAGAAACUUGUUAAUGAACAAAGUUCGGCCUUCACUAAUGGAAACGAUGUUUCACAAUACACAACGAUCGACUUGAAGUCGGAUUCGAAAGGCUUUGGCUUCAACAUUGUUGGUGGAAAAGAUAGCCCGCACAUUCCUGGGCACAAUGGGAUUUUUGUCUCGGUUAUCAAGCAAGGUGGACCAGCUUACAAUGAUGGGAGGCUUUCUGUUGGUGAUCUUAUAUUAUCUAUAAAUGGAAUCGAUCUGAUAAAUAAGACACAUGACGAAGCGGUAGCAAUCUUCCGAUCACAAGCGGGGACUGCUGCUCAGCUGGUUGUAGAGGUUGCAGCGGAAAACAGAAUUUUGAACGAACAUUUUCCCGCGGACCCUCACAUCUGUGCAGGAAGGUCUCCCUUCUAUGACGACAGCCUUCCAAGUCCUGGUUCCAUGACUCCUCUCAUCCGCUAUGAUAAGCAAGAAAUGCGACCUCCACCCACACCAAUAGCUAGAGAAGAGCCUAGAAGCCGCGAAGAGGACAAUGAAUCAGUUUCAAGCUGCACACCAUCUACACACUCGUAUUUGGAUGAUGUGCCGCGUACACCUAAAAGACCAAUGAGCUAUUUUGAUCCUAGAAACCCGUCCAUAAUCACAGAGGCGCUGUACGUGUCGAUUGGUUUGGCAGUCAUUUCCUUGGGAGUCUACGUUGGGUAUCGAUUUAUUCGUGGAAGAAGAAAAUAGUGACUUUUCAAUUGAAGUAAUUAGUUAUUAGGUGUGAUAAAAGCUACGGUAGGAAUCAGUUAUCGAACGCUUAUGUUUCAUGUCUCCAAAGAAGUGAAAACUGACCAGAUAAAAAAUAAAUUAUUCUGCGAAC